CAGUGUCAGUAGAGCUAUCUUUGUCUAGCCUUCAGUAAGAAUAAAAAUACUAGUAUAAAUCAGUAUUCCACUAUUUUCCCACCAGCCCGCUGCACAGCGUCUGCAUAUCGCAUGCAGGCAUUCGGAGGAACAAGCACUUACUAUUAUUAUAAAUUCUAGCGUGUCAUUUCACUAGAACAAUCGCAGGAAAUUGUUGUAGACGGCAGACUGGAUUAUCAACCGAGCACCACGUCCAGCACUACAUGUAGAUAAUUCCAACAUGCUACUGGUUCGGUGCUGAUAAGUAAAUGUGUACUGUAGCCACCUGCCUACGAGUACUAGCGCUAGCCUAUAGCGUGCCAAAACAUUGCGUAACGCCCCAGUGGUGCCUUUGGUCUGACGUCGAACAAGCAUGGCUGGGCGCUCAUCAACGGCGGAAGGACGACAUGAUCUGCUGGUGGCGUGGAAGAAGAAAUUCAAGGAAGGCUGUGACUUUGACAACUGGGGACAAGCUGUUGAGGCUGGCGAGAUCUAUGCACUGCUGAAAAGGAACAUUGAGGCUGAAGUUCUCUCAUCGCAACACCAGUUUGCACACAGCGAUACGGUUGUUCUGAAAAAUGUCUGCCGAAUUAUUGCAUCACGGUAUGCAUACCUUGGAGCACCGGACCUGAAUGAUGUGGGAUUUGGCAUGACAGAGCUGACCAAAUUGGUUGAGGCAUUCUGCAGCUGGACAGAGGGCUGUGAUCUGCCAGAAGCAUCAAGAAUCGCUCAGCGCUUGCCAAGCAAUGGAGCGGAAUCCAGCAGGCUAGGACAUUCCUCCGCACCACAUGGUGAAGAUGACGAUGAUGACGAAGGAUACGAGGCAGGACAAAGCGACACGUACAAACUUGUUCAAAAGCCAACAUUUGCAUCUGGCAAGACUCUCCUAACAAUCAGAUUGGAUCGGAUCGGCCUGAAAGAUGCACCCCAACACAUUGACCCGUUCUUUUCAGUGCUGGUUAGAGAUGUUACAGGUACUGACAGGGCAACACCGCAGCGUACCUCUGUAGCAAUAGGCCGCAGUGAUCUCUACCUUCGCUUUGAAAUGGACAUCUACAUCGAUAUCCCACUGGAAGAGUUUCCUCAAGACUGUGCCAUCUUCUUCGAGCUGAACCACUACAAGCAGAAGAAGGGCAAGCACAGCACCAGGUGCUUUGCUUUCUUGGAACAUGACGAGUUCAAGCCGGGUGAAAAGGCACUGGAGCUGUACAAGAAGCCAACCAAUUUCAAGCGACGGAAACUGAGUUUGCUUACCGUCAAGCCGCUCUAUCUUCAUCUUGACCUCCAGCUUACCAAGUUCUAACUUUCUUCUUCCGAUGCAUUCAUGUAUGUUUCUCUCCGUGAUGUUGUUGACCUCAAUUGUGCUGUGCACACGACUUGAGUUCUUAUAGGAGAUUUGUUGAUUUGAACUCUCUACAGCCCCCCCCCCCCCCCCCCCCCUCCCCUUGUCCUCCCCAUGCACAUUCUUGAGUUGGUGUGCAAUUAUACUCUUGAUUUAAAGACUUUUUUAAAAGAGGGCUCUGUUGUGAUAGGACAUUUUUUCCUGUAGUAUCCACUUGCUAUGUUUUAUUUUAUUAGGUGUACAUGUACUUGAGUGUUUAGUUUUGUGGCCGGUUCCAUGCUGCUUCUCAGGUACCCCUCUUUUUUCUAUCUGCUCAAUGGUUUUCUAUCCUAUAGGCCUAGCUCGUUCAAUGCUUCACACUGGUGCUAGAAACGGAAUCGGAUGUAAGCACGAGUGCCGUGACAAUAGUGUCUAGCUGCAGUCGAUGGGGUCUGUGCCCAACAGAAUCGUUAUUAAAAUGUGUUCACAUCA